UUGGGUUCAUCAAGAAGAUAAGGGCCAGUUCCCGUCCCCAGCAUGGCAUCCUGGGCCGAGCCCUCUGAGCCUGCUGCCCCGCCGGCCACUGGAGUCCCUCCACUGGAGGACUUUGAGGUGCUGGAUGGCGUCGAAGAUGCAGAAGGGGAGGAGGAGGAAGAUGAGGAGGAAGAAGAGAACGGGGACUUGAGCGAGCUGCCGCCGCUUGAGGACAUGGGACAGCCAGCAGCAGAGGAAACAGAGCAGCCCGGAGCCCUGGCCCGAGAGUUCCUGGCAGCCUUGGAGCUGGAGCCAGCGCCAGCCCCAGCCCCUGAGGAGUGGCUGGACAUCCUGGGGAAUGGGCUGCUGAGGAAGAAGACCCUGGUACCGGGACCGCCCGGGGCCGGACGUCCGACCAAGGGCCAGGUGGUGACGGUGCGGCUGCAGAUGUCGCUGGAGGACGGGGCGCGCGUGCAGGAGGAGCCUGAGCUGCUGUUCACGCUGGGCGACUGCGACGUCAUCCAGGCACUGGACCUCAGCGUCCCGCUCAUGGACGUGGGAGAGACGGCAAUGGUUACCGCUGACUCCAAGUACUGCUAUGGCCCCCAGGGCAGCAGGAGCCCCUACAUCCCCCCUCACGCGGCUCUGUGCCUGGAGGUCACCCUGAAGUCGGCGGUGGAUGGCCCCGACCUGGAGACGCUGACCGGCCAGGAGCGCGUGGCCCUGGCCGACCGGAAGCGGGAGUGCGGCAACGCCCACUACCAGCGGGCGGACUUCGUGCUGGCCGCCAACUCCUACGACCUGGCCAUCAAGGCCAUCACCGCCAGCGCCAAAGUGGACGUAAGCUUUGAGGAGGAGGAGCAGCUGCUGCAGCUGAAGGUGAAGUGUCUCAACAACCUGGCCGCAUCGCAGCUGAAGCUGGACCACUACCGCGCCGCGCUGCGCUCCUGCAGCCUGGUGCUGCAGCACCAGCCGGACAACGUCAAGGCGCUCUUCCGCAAGGGCAAGGUGCUGGCGCAGCAGGGCGAGUACAGUGAGGCCAUUCCCAUUCUGAGAACUGCGCUGAAGCUGGAGCCCUCCAACAAGACGAUCCAUGCAGAGCUGUCGAAGCUGGUGAAGAAGCACGCAGCGCAGCGCAGCACGGAGACCGCCCUGUACCGGAAGAUGCUGGGCAACCCCAGCCGGCUGCCCGCCAAGUGCCCUGGCAAGGGGGCCUGGUCCAUCCCGUGGAAGUGGCUGUUCGGGGCGACCGCCGUGGCCCUUGGGGGCGUGGCGCUCUCUGUGGUCAUCGCUGCUCGGAACUGACCGCCUAGGGUCCGCCACCCCGCGCUCCCCGACCUCAGGCUCCAUGCCCCGCCCUCCCUUGGCUUCCCCCCGCCUCCCCCCAGGCCAGGCAGGGAGGACCAGGCCCAGCAACCCACCAGCAGGAGAGACAGCCCGGAGGGAGGGGCCUGGUCCCCUGGCCCCCGUUCUCCUGCUCCCCCCUCCCCGGGCUAGGCCUCCCCUGGCUGGCCUCAGUUUCUCCUCAGCAGGCCAGGGGCAGCACCACAACCCCCUCCUCCAUCCCUCGCACUGCCUGCUGCCCCAUCCAGGCUCCCACCGUGAAAUAAAGUCUCCCCUGCACUC